CCGCAACGGCCCUUCCCCUUCCGCUCCGCUCCGUUGCUUGCCGGGACGCGUAGUCCGUGUAGUCCCCGCAGCCCCGCGCCGCUGUCGGCCCGCUCCAGGUCCGCUCUCGGCCCCGUCGGUCGCUCCGCCUCCCGUUCCUCCUGUUGCUGCGGUCCCGUCCCCGCUCGGCUGGUUGCCUCGUUCCGCCUGUUGCCCCGCUCCUCCAGCUGCCCCGCUCCGCCUGUUGCCGCUCCCCCGUCCCGCUCCGUGUCCCGCCGCUGUCGCGCCGCCCGCCCGUCCCUCGGGGAGCUGGGAGCGGAGAGCGCCCGGAGGGCUCAGCCUUGGUAGGAGACGCCGGUGUUAGCGCUGCGCAGGAACGGAACGAGCAGCUCGGUAAUGCCGCCGGAGCAGGCAGAGCUCGGCUCCCUCACCCGGCCGCCUGCUACCGGCAUCCUGGAGCCCCAGAGUUUCUCUUUUUCGGUUCUAAACCGGAAACUGGAUAAACUUAGGGGGUCAGGCGUGAGAGAAGCGAGGGCUGGGAGAGCGCUGGGGCUGGGAGAGCGCUGGAGCUGCUUAGGGAGCUUCUGGCUCCUCCGCGGUUUGGAGUCUCCAAAAGGAUGCGUGGGCUUCCCGGGUGGGGAGGUGUGUGGGGUUGUCCCAUGCCCGUGCUUCGCAUCUCCGUUUUGAAACCAGGGUGAAAGUCCAUCCUGGAACACAACUCACUGACAGACAGAGGGUUGAGCCCUGUACGCCAUCCCUGACCCACCGGUGCCCAAACUCACUGGAUGGAGGGUCACAUGGUGGUCGGGGUACAUGGAUCCCUUUGUGGGGGCAAGUUGGGGUUCGGGAUGGGCCUUGUGCACAGGAGAGGAGGGGUCAGGCCCAGGGUAGGCUGGAGCACCCUGAGCACUCCUCCUUCCUGGCUUUUGCCUUGGCUCAGCCUUUCUGCUACGCCAGCCCGGAUCCCUGGCUCUGUCCUGCACCUUCCGCCAGCUCUCCAGGGCUGUCCCUCCAAUCUGCUCCCUGCGGGACCCCCGCCCCCUGCCCAACGUUGCCCUCUGGCCCCUGCAAAAUCCAGCAAGAGAUGGAGGGCGAUCCCGCCCUGUGCCUUCGUGUCUUUGACCUCAACUGCUGGGCCAUUCGCUACCUGAGCAAACGGCGGCAGGAGCGCAUCCGGCUCAUCGGGGACAUGCUGCACCAGGAGGAUUUUGAUCUGGUGCUUCUUCAGGAGGUGUGGAGUGAACAGGACUACAGUGACUUGAAGGUGAAACUAGGAGGCUGUUACCCCUUCUCUCAUUACUUCCGCAGGUUCCCCAUUCUGGACACGCUCCUCUACCAGUACUCGCUGAAUGGGUACCCCUACAUGCUCCAACAUGGGGACUGGUUUUGCGGCAAAUCCGUCGGCCUUGUCAUCAUUAGGAUCUCAGGGAUCAUCUUCAACAUCUAUGUCACCCACCUGCACGCCGAGUACUGCCGGGAGAAGGACGCCUACCUGCCCCACCGCCUGGUGCAGGCCUGGGAGCUGGCACAGUUCAUCCGACACACCUCCAAGGCGGCUGAUGUGGUGCUGCUGGGAGGGGACCUGAACAUGCACCCUGAAGAUGUGGGCAUCCGGCUGCUGCGUGGCUGGACGGGGCUGCGGGAUGCCUUUGCCGAGGCCACACACUUUGAGGGCUGUGAGGAUGGUUGUACCCUUGUCCCCAACAACUGCUUUACUGACAAAUCAGAGCUGCUGCCCUUCCCACUGGGCAUCCGCAUCGAUUACAUCCUCUACAAGGCCAUCUCCAGCUUCAUGGUAAAGUGUGAAGAGCUGAAGACCACCACAGGGGCAGCUCCGGGCAUGGACGUCCCCUUCUCAGACCAUGAAGCUGUGAUGGCAACACUGCACAUCCAGAGGCAGGGACAGGCUGCGGGUGCCACCCUCGCCACUGCUGAGCCAAUGCUGGUAGAUGUGGUGACAGAGGCACGGACAGAGGUGGCCGUGGGGCUGCGGGCAGCACAGCGGCAACGCUACUCCUCGGGCAGGAUGGCCUUGCUGGCCCUGCUGCUGCUGCUGCUGCAGGCCGUGGCUGCACUGGGUGCGCUGGCAGGGCUGGACGCCGGGCAGCCCUUCCCCAAGCUCUCCUUCUGCCUGCUGGCCUUCCUUGCCAUCGGCAUCCUCCUUCUUGCCACUGGUCUCCACCUGUUUCACACCAUGGAGGUGAAGAUGCUGCACAGCACCGAGGAGCAGAUGCGGAUGGUGCUGCGGACGCUGCAGGAAUGUCCCAGUGACGGCUGAACCGAGGCUGUGGGUGUCCCACAAUACCCCUCCAGUGAUGGCUGAACUGAGGCUGUGGGUGUCCCACAAUACCCCUCCAGUGAUGGCUGAACUGAGGCUGUGGGUGUCCCACAAUACCCCUCCAGCCCCACUGUGUCCCUUUUUGAUCCUUUUUUUAUCUGGCUUCUGGCAGCAGUGCAGCCAAUGCAGUAGUGCAGGUUUGACAUUUGCCUCUGAGAGAAAUUAAGAUAUCGGGGGUAGAUUUGUUGCACUGACCCUUGAGGGAACUACGAUGGACAUGGGGUUUUACUGCUUUUUAAAUACACCCUUUGUACCUGGAGGGACCUGCUGGCCUGGUUGGGAGGCUUGAAAGACUCAGGCUCCCCAUGCCUGGGGUGGAACGCUGGUGACUGCUCUAACAACCAGAUUUGACUCAGACAGAAAAUAAAGGUGGUAUUUUAGCCCUU